AUGGAUGCUACUUUCACCCUUUUCGCGGAUGACACCACUCUCUCCCUUACUGUCGACUCUCUUGUUGAAGCAAUACUGGGAAUGGAAGCCGUGCAGUCGGAUAUCAAGGCAUGGUCCGAUGCAAGUGGACUUUUGCUAAAUCAAAGCAAAAUCCAACAGAUGGUGUUCUCAGUGCAAGAGCUAGAGAGGAACCAAGCUCUGUUGUUACAUUCCCCAGAUGAGAUACGAUUUCCCACUGAACAUAUGAUUUAUACGAGUGAUGAUCACAAGUAGUUUUUACAUACAACAUACUGUUUAUUGGCAAAAUGACAUGAAAAUUGUUUACAGGCGAGCAGUAUAAAUACAU